AUGGAAACCAACGUCCCGAAGAGGAGAGACAAUAAGAAGUCUCUGCGUGUGAAGGUGAUCAGUCUGGGAAACGCUGAGGUGGGAAAGAGUUGCAUCAUCAAACGUUACUGUGAGAAAAGGUUCGUCCCCAAAUACCUAGCAACCAUCGGCAUCGACUACGGAGUCACCAAAGUUCAGGUUCGGGACAGAGAGAUCAAAGUGAACAUCUUCGACAUGGCCGGUCAUCCUUUCUUCUACGAGGUGCGUAAUGAGUUCUAUAAGGACAGCCAGGGCGUGCUGCUGGUGUACGAUGUCGGGCUGAGAGAAAGCUUCGAUGCUCUGGACAGCUGGCUGGGAGAGAUGAAACAGGAAAUGGGUUCUCAGGCCAACAUGGACAGCAUCGUCUUCAUCGUCUGCGCCAACAAGGUGGACCUGACUAAGCGGCGUGUGGUGGAUGAAGGCGAGGGCCGUUUGUGGGCGGAGUCUCGCGGGUUUCACUACUUUGAGACUUCGGCUCAGAGCGGAGAAGGAAUCAAUGAGAUGUUCCAGGCCUUCUUCUCGUCCAUCACCGACAUGUGUGAGAACGGCGGGAAGCGUCCGGUGUCGGAGGUCAGCGCCGGCUUCACCAAGGAGCAGGCCGACACCAUCCGACGCAUCCGCAACAGCAAAGACUCCUGGGACAUGCUGGGGGUCAAACCUGGGGCCACACGGGAGGAAGUGAACAAGGCGUACAGGAAGCUGGCGGUGUUGCUGCACCCGGACAAGUGCGUUGCCCCCGGCAGCGAGGAUGCGUUCAAGGCCGUCGUGAACGCUCGCACGUCGCUGCUGAAAAACAUCAAAUAACACGUAACACUCACCUGAAGCCUCGCUGAGACGCCGGACCUGCUUCCUGCUUCCUGCUUCCUGUUUCCUGUUUCCUGUUUGCUGCCGCCGUGCAAUUUAAAUUUAUUUAUUCACGUUUUUUUUUCUUUAUUUAACGUGUCGUCUCGUUGCCAUGGCGCCGGUUUGACUUGUUUUAACUCAGUGUACGGAGGAUGAAGAGCGACACGAGGAGGAAAAAAGCUUCAGAGAGUUUUAUUUUAUUAUUUUAUAUUAUUAACACACACACACACACACACACACACACAUAUAUACACACACACACACA